UCGGUGGCAGCACGCGCCCCGUGCCCCCGUCGUGCCCCGAGCGCCGGCAGCGCUCGUGAGGUCGACCGUGACGGCUCUCACCAGCUUCUUCUUCUUCUGGCUUCUUCUUCUGGCUUCAGCGCCGGUCGCAGCCAUACAGCUGUCUGCCACGUACAGACGGCGUGUGGAGACAUCGCCGCGCAGGCGCAGUAGCGGAUUCUGAGCUGCCCCUCUUUCGCCAGCUUCCGAAAUACCUCGUUCGCGGCCGUAAACCCACUCAGGUGUUUCAUCCACGGGUGCCACUGUUCGAGGGCUGUCAGACCACCCCAGCCGAAGACCUAAGUGUAUACAUUCGGGUGGUGAUCUCCAGACCAAGGACAGCGUGACCAUGACCAUGGAGAGCUUCUGGACUCUGCUGGAGCUGGCUAAGGAACCCGUGGCCUGGAAGGUGUUCCUCUCCGUUCUCUGGGAAAAUACCAACUGGUACCUGAUGAUGACCUGCGUGCUGAUGGUGGUGACGGUGACGCUCGGAGGGCUGUACACCCUCGGCACCGGGCUGUCGGCCGGACGGCAGGCCGCCCGCCGGCGCGCUGAGGACACAGGCAGCGAAGCGGAGCUGCAGGAGCCCAGCUCUACCACAUCUCCUUCCGCUGACGCUGACGAGCCGCUGUCGCUGCUGGUGGACACGACGGAGCCGCUGCCGCCGGGCCGUCUGAAGCGGGCAGAGCGAGACGCGAUGCGCCGCCGCUUGGAGCAGGACAUGACCGACGAGCAGAAACGCCAGGAGAGACAGUCCGAGUCUGAGCAAAUGGCUGCCAUUCUGGACCUGAUGCAGAAGAACAGCGACAAGUUCGGCAACCCCUCGCUGGAGGACAUGCAGUCACAGAUGCGGCUGUACCUGUAGAGCCUGAAGCAUUGUCAUGCGUUGCAGGAACCACGCCAGAUGCGCAUUUUCGUUUAGUGAGGAGCUGUUCUGCUUGGUGUCAAUGAAGCGCUGCAAAACAAAGAUUCAUCAAAUAAGUGAAGCAUUUGGAUGUCGAUCGGGUUUUAGGUGCAAGAUGAAGGACUUCCUCAAAGCCGCUGUGGAGCGUCCAAACACAUUUCAGCCAGUUAUAAAACUACGUACAAAAACCGGUGUUGGCCUUUUGCAAAAUAAGCAGACUUUCCCAUUGCGGGACAGUGCCAGCACGACUGAUGACACCUGGCCAAUUCAUUGUGUUAUUCCUUGCCGCAUUACCAUGGCCUAAAUAUUUCAGCUCACCCUACCAAAUCGUUUGUAUGAACAAAUAGGCGCAGGGAAGGUCCUCCUUGGCAUCGGGCUGCUUUGUCAGUCCAGAUGCCAAGGAUUCAGAUGCUUCAUAUAAUUAUAUUUGCGUGUUUACGGCGCCCAGGGGUUAAGAAAGUGCCUUUUCUGUCACCGUCGAAAUUUUUAAAAUUUGUAAUAGCUUAAAUUGUCACCUGCGUAUCCAUCAGGACUCAAAUCCAGCCAAAUGCUUUGGGAAGCCGUUGCAAUGUAAUGAUAAAUGUGAUACACUGAGUAUAAGAUGUAUGGUGAAAAGAUAAGAUCAAGAAAAGAUCAGAUAAAGGAAAAGAUGAGAAUAAAUGGAGUGUAAUGUGUCAUAACCAUGAAGAUAUUUUUGCUUCGGAAGUUUCUUUUAUACUGAAGUAUUCUUUACAAGCCAGGUCAAAAGCAUCGCUGGUAAAGGCUCCCUUGGUGAUAAAAACCUGCUGCCUUAGUGUCUGAGUGACCUGAGCAGCGGGCUUAGGAACUAUAUAGGUUCAUCACAGCUACAGAUUUCUCUCAUGCUUAACACACGAUUAUCGCCACUCCUUGCCAUAAAUAAUUCAAAUAAAAACUCCUCCGCCUACCGAGUUUUUUUAAACGGU